CUGUGACGUCACGCGCUCCCGUGACGUCACACACGCGCGCCUGUCUGUGCUCUUUGUACUUUUCCGGGUUCGGAACACUAUUGCAGUGGCUGGAUUUACUGUUUUGUCAGCAUCUCUUCUGUAAGAUGGUAAACACUGAAAACAUUUGAAGACUUCGAUUCUUUAUUAUGCAUGAAGGCAUUAGGAGAGUCCAGGGUUCUAUACAGGAAAAUCUCUGAACAUCAACUCAGAUUUUCUACUUACUUUGGACUGAUCAAUCUCUUUUACAUUUUGUCCUGAGAAGGUUUUGUUAAAUCUGUAAGAGAUUUUGCCACAGAAUCAAUGUCUUUGGUUCCAGUGACAAAUUAUACGUAUACACCCUUGAAUCAACUGAAGGGUGGUACAGUAGUAAAUGUCUAUGGUGUUGUGAAGUUCUUUAAGCCCCCAUAUCUAAGCAAAGGAACUGAUUAUUGCUCGGUUGUAACAAUUGUGGACCAAACAAAUGUAAAGUUAACUUGCCUACUCUUUAGUGGAAACUAUGAAGCCCUUCCACAGAUUUAUAAAAUUGGAGACAUUGUGCGCUUUCACAGGCUAAAGAUCCAAGUAUAUAAAAAUGAGCCUCAGGGUAUCACCAGCUCUGGAUUUGCAUCCUUGACAUUUGAGGGAACCUUGGGAGCUCGCGUCCUGCCGCGCACUUCAAGCAAGUGUUUUCACUUCACUGCUGCUGACCACAAAAUGGUAGAAGCCUUACGAAUUUGGGCAUCAACACACAUUUCACCUUCUUCAACAUUGGUUCAGUUGUGUGAUGUUCAACCCAUGCAGUAUUUUGACCUGACAUGUCAACUCUUGGGCAAAGCACAAGUAGAUGGCGCAUCAUUUCUACUAAAGGUGUGGGACGGCACCAGGACACCAUUCCCAUCUUGGAGAGUCUUAAUAGAACACCAAAUUCUCGAAGGUGACCUAAAUCACAUUCGGCGGCUCCAGAAUCUCACAAUAGACAUAUUAGUUUACGACAACCAUGUUCAAGUGGCAAAAUGCCUUAAGAUUGGAAGCUUUCUUCGGAUCUACAGCCUCCAUACCAAACUACAGUCAGUGUCUUCUGAAAGCCAGGCAACAUUAAGUCUAGAGUUUCAUCUCCAUGGAGGCACCAGCUAUGGGCGGGGAAUCACAGUCUUACCAGAAAAUAAUUCUGAUGUGGAUCAGCUGAAGAAAGAUUUACAGUCUGCAGAUUUGGCAGCUGCUCAGCAUUCAGAUGGCAUCUAUCAGUCAGAUCAAGAGGACAGCUUUCCCACGCUUUCAAGCUCUGGAUCAGUAUCACUGUAUGAGGUAGAAAGAUGUCAACAACUGUCAGCUACAAUACUUACUGACCAUCAGUAUUUGGAGAAGACACCAUUAUGUGCCAUUCUGAAACAAAAAGCUCCCCAGCAAUACCGAAUCCGAGCAAAACUAAGAUCGUAUAAGCCCAAAAGACUUUUUGAGUCUGUGAAACUUCAUUGUCCUAAAUGUCAUUCACUGCAAGAAGUUCCACAUGAGAACAAUUUGGAUGUAAUUUUCAGAGAUGGAGCAACUAAAACCCCAGAUCCCAAAUUACAAAAUACGCCUUUAUAUGAUUCAGAAAUCUGGACCACUGCAGAUCAAGGAGGACGAAAAGUGGUUAUUCAUUUUGUAAAACACAAUGGUAUUCUCCCACUUUCAAAUGAAUGCCUAAUUUUGAUAGAAGGAGGUACGCUUGGUGAACUCUAUAAACUUUCAAGUGAGUUUCAUAGUAUAAUUCCUGUAAAAUCUGGCCCUGAAGACUUGGAGCUCCUAGACCUUUCAGUACCAUUCCUUAUUCAAGGAAGAUUGUAUCACUAUGGAUGUAAACAGUGUUCUACUUUGAAACCAAUACAAAAUUUAAGUUCCCUUUCUGGUGAGACAUCAUGGAUUCCUUCGUCUGUGGCAGAAGUAUUGGGCAUUGUACCCCUGCAGCAUGUGUUCGUUAUGACAUUUAUUCUCGAUGAUGGAACAGGAGUGUUAGAAGCUUAUCUCAUGGAUUCUGACAAAUUCUUCCAGAUUCCAGCAUCAGAAGUCCUACUUGAUGAUGACCUUCAGAAAAGUAUGGAUUUAAUCAUGGAUAUGCUUUGUCCUCCAGCAACAAAGAUCGAUGCAUAUCCGUGGAUGGAAUGUGUUAUCAAAUCGUACAAUAUCACAAAUGGAACAGAGCAGCAAAUUUGCUAUCAGAUUUUUGAUACCACAGUUGCGGAAGAUGUUGUCUAAUAUUGCCAUCCAACCUAGCAUAUGAAAAAUAUUGUAAUUUUAGGAAACUUUACAAGUUCCUUUCAUAAAACACCUAAGAGAUAUAGCUACAUACAGUCACAGUUACAUUUUAAUCACAAUUUCAGGUUUUUAAAAAGAUAAACAGACAUUGUGCCACCUUCAUGCCUUUUGGUAAAAAUGUUCCGAUUGCUUAAAAUGUCCAACAUGACUUCCAGAGACUAAAAAAAGAAGUACAUUGAAUAAAAAAGGAUCAUAUUUUCA